AUGCUGAUGAUAGAAUCUGGUUCAGGAGUUACCGCUUGUUUGUCUGCCUUAAGGGAGUCCAGGGGACUGCUUGCCAGCAUCCAUCAUCCAUUUGUGAUUAUUUCUAUCUUAUCCCGGUCAGACGUCAGCGUCUCGAAUCAAGUUGAGACUGGCUUUGGCGGGCAGACUUUUCGAGACCUUCAAGUCGUGUUCUCCGAUGCGAAGGCUCCCCUCUCGAUGGUCAUGCUAGUCAGUGCACUCUAG